AUUCGCAUUUAAUCACGAAAACAAACAAAAGAAAAUCAUUCAGCCGAGUACUGUACGAAAAUGAAAAUAAAGAUUUGUAAUCUCGUGUCUAUCGACGCGAACGUGAUCGAGAAGGAAGAACUAUCGCUCCUCUAUCUUUGCUCCAAAGUAUUUCCUCCUGCCGCCUCGCGCGCGACUCGAAAGCGCGGCCAAGUGUCUCGCGUCGGAGUUUUCGAUCGUCAUUCGACCUGUGUUCUUGUAUUACGAAACAUGGUGGCGGGAAGAAACGUGUCGGUCGAAAACUUCAGCCAGGAGAGGCAGGAACGUCAUCGAGUGGUCGUCGACGCGACUAGAGACAGCGUCGUUGCUGUACAUGUACUUAUUUUCGUCGUCGCUGCGAUAAGAACCACGCGACGUGAUAAAAAUCGCCUGGAUGGUGAAAUCGAUCUGUCGGCCGAGAGACGGAGGAAAGAGGAAAAGAGGAUUCCUUCGUUGUCGUUUCACCUGAGAGAGGAGGAUUCUCUCUCUGUUUCGUUUCGAGUUUCCUCCAAUCGAACUGUAUCAAACUCCUUCGUUUCUCCGAUCACUCGCUAGUCUCUGGUCACCGAUGCUGCGACGACUAUUGAGACUGAAGGUGAUAGCACCGCCUGCCACGCCGCUGCAAGACUUCACCUAUCAUUGGAAACAGCUUAUGAACUUUUAUGUGAACCAUCUGACGGAUUGCAAGGUGCCCAUACAAACGACGGGCAUACCACGGCAUUUGGACAGAUUGCUGGAGAUAUUGCUGGAUGAGGAGAAGGAUGAGACGGAGCCAGGGCCGUGUCUCGAGUACCUGUUGCAGCACAAACUACUGGACCUGCUGGCCACGCUCGCCAGCGCGGAAACCCCACCCGGGAUGAGAACCAUCUGUUUGUCGUUUCUGAGAAAGUUAUUAGGAAGAUCCAAGUACCCUUUGUUGCAUCACACGUCAAUUUAUGGGCCGGUGCAGCGACUGAUCGGUCUCUGCAAUGGGAGCCCACCGUCGCCGAUGGAAGCUGAGGAGGUUCAGUUCCUCCUUACGAUUUGCUUCCUAGUUUGUAAGUAUCCCCACGUGACCAACAUCAUAAACGACGCGCCGACCGUUCAGAGGCACAACGCCUCCGCCUCCGGAAGGAGUUCCGAAAGGAUGGAAGUGGAGAAGGUCACCUACAUCCCAGCCAGACGAAGAAACAACUUUAAUCCGUUGUUCGAACCGUUGGACACCCGAGCGGUCACGUUGAUCAAUCCCAACUUGUUCAGCUCGGAAAAUGACAGGAGACUUAGAUUUGCGGAAUCUAACAGGCCAUCUAGUAAGACUGAAACGACGAGAGGAUCAUCUAGCCAAUCGAACGGAUCGAUAUCUUCCAGAGACGUGGAGAACGCCUCGCAGUCCUCUAGUCCGAUAAUCCAAAAACCGAUAUCCGAUGAGAGUUCGGUUGUCGCCGCGUCAUCUUCCGACUCUCAGGACUAUGACGUCUCGCAGAAGGGCGAGGAUGUCGCUCUGAUGAACGAGAUAGACACACAUUUGCAGAAUCUUCAGGAUCUGCGAUUGGACGUUGAGUAUGGAACUGCUUACGAGGACUCUAAUUGCGCAGAAGGGGAUCAGAGCCUUCUGAGACCGGAAACGCCACAGAAAUCGAAAUGCCUUCUAUUAGAUGCCUUGUUGAGUUACAUAAAUACCGCGGAUAAUACUGUGAGGAUAAGAGCCUGCGAGGGGAUAAUGGUCCUUGCAUCACUGGACGAUUCAUCGUUCGCUCAAAUGGUAGCAAACAGCGACUUAGCAAUCCUGAUAUCGAAUAGAUUAGAGAACCUGUUCAACGCCAUUCCAGCGCACGUCGAUCCAGCAGAGAUCGACGGCGUGGACGUCACUUGGGGUUUAGAUUCGCCAGCGUGGACAAAGGAGAAGAAGUUUUCUGGAUGCAGACAGGUCGCCGCGUUUUUCAUGUGGUUCGAUUACUGCAAUCAACUGAUAAGGGAAGCACAUCCGGACGUGGCGGACGCGCUGGCGAAAAGCAUUAGAGUGAACUUUUUAGAAAAGAUCGUGACACCAGCACUGGCUGAACAUCAUGUUGUUCUUAUUACUGCAUUGGUUACUAAAUGCUUGAAGGAACUAACAUCUAAUGCCUUAUGUAUAGAAAUAAGUUAUUGGCUGGUGGGCCAAGACAGAGGCCCAGAGAUACCAAACGUGUGGACGUCACCUGUACUACAUAGGCUGAUAGAUAAUUGUUUUACGGACAGCGAGGAUUUAACGCUAGAAACGUUAAAACUAUUCGAGGAGAUGAUAGAGAAACGAAACGAACACAUACUGCAUUGUCUCGUGCUGGUAUACUUAUCGACGCGAGGGUAUUACGAUAACACCGCAGCAGAUAGUGCAAUUGCAUCUUGGAGCGAUGAGGAGGAUGAGAGAGAGAGGGAGAAGAAGGGUUCGCUAGAUCUCUCCUACGAGCAAAGCCACAGUCGAACAUUAGCACCUAGUAAUAUUCAUAGAAUUGUAAAUUGUUUCCUGUCCCUGAUUCCUCGUUAUCUACAAACGGACACGGAUGUGAACAAUUACGAGCGGUACAUGGCUGACUUAGAACGACAGUAUUCCACUGUGCUGACAGACUGCUCGUUAAUGGCGUGGCCGUUAGAGGCGGUAACUAUAGACGAUUCUGCAAGUUCCGAUUCCAGGCCGGAAGCGGACCAUUGUUCCGUAAGAUUUUACAUGGGGCCGUUUAUGACGAUGCUUUUUGAGAAAGUGACGAAUAUACCAAGACAAAAGUACGAGGUCAACCUACAACUGACGGUGGUGAUCUCGAGGCUCGCGCUCUUGCCUCAUCCGUACCUGCAUGAAUUUUUACUAAACCCGUUGUUACCGUUAGCGCCCGGCACGAAGAAUUUGUUCACCUGUUUGCAAAAGGUUGUCAAACAGUUGGUGAACGAGGUACCAAAGACGCCGGAUCAUAAACAAAUGCUGAAGGAGACGCGAGAACGAUUACUAGAAGAUUGUUCCCACGAAGGGGAAAAGGAGAAUAUUCUGUUCGAAAGUGUGAUCGUGACGGAAGAAUUCUGCAAGGAACUGGCUGCGAUAGCAUACGUGAAAUACCACCAUUCUAUGUGAUAAUUAAUAUCAAAGAAAGCGAUGUAAAUUAUAGGAUUUAAUUACAGUACUAUGGCCGAGUAAAUUUACUUAAUGAUCGAUCAGUCAGUCUAGAUACGCUUAAAUAGAAAAUUGUUUUUUGUGAUGAAUUUGUAAGAUAUACGUAUACCUUAAGUAUAGCGAUUAUUAUAUUAAUGUUAAUAUUUACAAUCACUUAUUUGCACAAUUUAACUUGUGACUCUAAUAAAGAAACUACUGAAAAACCA